AUGGACAUGGUGAGGAAAGUCCACAGAAAUGUUCGGAGGCACCCUCUGACACACAAGUCUCAGCAAUACAAAAGGACCCUUCCUCCAGCAAGAACCAUCAUGACACGCAGCCAGUGUAUACCCAGCACCAGCUUCUUCCACAGGCUCCCAUCAGAGGUGUUUGACAUGAUCCUGGACAAACUAUCUGUGCUGGAGAUCAGUGUGUUUAGCAUGGUGUCCAAAGAAAUCACUAGACAUGUUGUGGACUACAUCUCCACCCUGGCCUGGAAGAAUAAAAUGAUUGUCCAGAGCUUUCACCACUCCACUUUCCCUGAGCAGAGCUCCACUAUUGAACACUACAGAAACCUGGGUUUGUUGCUCAAGAGAUGUACUCUUUUGCUACCAACAAAGGAGAGGUUAAAGUUUAUCUUCAGCAGGUUUUCACAGACUCCCUGCUUCAUGUUGGAGCAGUGUCUAACUCCAGACUGCAUUGGCUUUUCCGCCUAUGGUGUCUUCCUCCAGACACUUAUUGCAGGGUGGGAUGAGUUGGAGUGCCACAGAGUGUUCAACUUCCUGUGUGAUGUCACAAACCUGCUGCAAAAAAUUGAGGCAGUUAUCACUGCAAAACCAGGGGUGAGAUGGUACCAGGAGCUGCAGCUCCGUCUUUUCUGCCGUCAGGUUCUGUUGGACCCAUGGUCGAACCAGCCAGAGUGUCAGUUCUGGCUAAUACAACUCCUGAAGCCUUGGCCCAUGGUCAGCCAGGCACACUUACUGUUCAUCCUCUUUGGACCCCUGCUUCCUGAGGGCACUCUAGGUUGGCAGGAUCUUGUGGACAGGGGGCAGCCUCACAGCGCUCUGUGGGACCUGGCCAGGGCCAUCCUCCUGCUUUUCGGGAAACUGACAGUCAAAGGCUGGACCACCGACUCAAUGCUGGCAAUCCUGGAGGAGCUCAUUGUUAUUCCUCAGCCAUGGCAUGUGGAGAACGUGGCUCGUCUCUUGGUGCUGUGUGGUAGCAGUCUCUGCUACACUGUUCUGGUCAGCAAGGCCCUGAAAGGACGACUCCUUGAGAUCUCCAGACUCAUCGUCUACAUCAUACUGGUGUGUGAGAAGGACGGCUAUCACAUGAAGUGGGCGGUGAAGUUGGUACAACAGAUCUGCAAGGUUUACAGCACGGCUCCUGAAAGGUUCUGCUUCAUCCGAGAAGUGGAGAACAUGUUUUCAGAAAUCACCAGGGAGUUCUUUGAGUUUUCUGUAGCAGGGAACCACCUUGAAGACAGCGAGACUUUCCAGACCCUGUGUAUCCUCCUGGACUCCAGUGCUCGCUUCCACACUAAAUUCCUCCACAUGUUCCUGAAAUAG